AUGGCCGGCUUGUCAACCACUGCAAAAAUCAUAAAUUUCGUCAUUGUCGCUUCGAAUAUCGUCUCUUUUGUCUUUGGUUUGGCCCUUGUUAUCCUGGGAAUCCUUGACAUGGUCCAUUUUGACGGCCCACUCGUAGCCGAACUUCUGACGAUUUCGACCACCGUUGCGACUGCCGCCAUUGUGCUUGGGCUUUUCAUAAUUGCUGUUGCGUUCUUUGGUCUAUAUGGAGCACUUCGGGCUGAUGCAAAUGUUCUCAUUGCGUAUGCGGUAAUUGUCCUGCUGAUCGGUUACUCUACACUUUGCUUUUUGAUAUAUGCCUUUGUCCAACGUAAUACGAUCCUUUAUACUGUUGACAAUACCAUUAGAGAGGCUGUUAACGAAGGCAGGGCGAACUACAGGACGAGUAAAAAGUGGAUUUCUAUCAUUGACUGGAUGGAGGCCACUGUAAGUUUGGUGCAUGGUCUAGCGCUUCCCCUAAAUUUUAUGUUCCCUAACUUGUCUGACACGGCCUAUGUUGUUUAUUUUCACGUUCAGUUUGACUGUAUUGUAAGUGACAUACCAUCACAUACUCGAAGGGGACAUUUCCAAAGCAACGAAUAUGAUACGGUAAAACUUUACCAAUUCAGGUUUUUUUCUUUAUAUUUUUGGGCUAAAGCCAAUUAG